GGGAAGAGCUGGAGGCAGAGCGUGAGUACAAAGUGAUCGGCCUCGGCCGCACGCAGUAGCCCCCCUACUCCCCGGCCAAGUCAGGGCCGCCCUCUUCCCGCGGAGUCGCAACCACGGGUAGCUCGUGUAGGUAACGGCAGGUCCAGGCCUCCGCAUAAGCGGAGGGCCCCCCGCGCGACCUUGAAUGGCCCGGGCGCGCGCGGUCGUGUGGGAGUUGUAGUCCUCCGUCCCCGUCCGCGCGGACUCCGUUUCCCGUGGUGCCCCGGGCGGCCCGCUUCCGGCGCAGUUAGUUACGGGUCGGCGCACGCGGCCUCGGUCCGGUUGACUUUGCGGAGCCAUGGAGGGCGGCUUCGGCUCCGAUUUCGGGGGCUCCGGCAGCGGGAAGCUGGACCCAGGGCUCAUAAUGGAGCAGGUGAAAGUGCAGAUCGCCGUGGCCAACGCGCAGGAGCUGCUGCAGAGGAUGACGGACAAGUGUUUCCGGAAGUGUAUAGGGAAACCUGGGGGCUCCCUGGACAACUCCGAGCAGAAGUGCAUCGCCAUGUGCAUGGACCGCUACAUGGACGCCUGGAACACCGUGUCUCGCGCCUACAACUCGCGGCUGCAGCGGGAACGAGCCAACAUGUGACCGGCGAGCGCGGGCCACCCCACCCUGUUCAUUUCCAUAAACGUGCUUUGAGAGGCGG